AUGGCCUUCCUGGAGUCUGGCUCGUCAGCCUUUCUGUGCUAUGUUGGGGAUGACCUGUACCAUGAGCGUAUCAUCCUGAGCUGGGUGUCUGCGAGCGAGUAUGUAGUUGUUUCUCCUGACCUGGACAUCUUUAUCGAACAGAUCGAUGCAGCCAGUGCCGACUUGCAAGGGCUACGGCUGGGCAGUUCCGACGUUCGUCUUCCUUUCGGGAUGGCCGGCAUGCAGGUCUACCGUUUCCAGGUGCGCCCAGCUGGCGCGGACUUGACGCAGCUCCUCGCCGAGGGCGAGCGCCACGCGCAGGUCGAGAGGGCCUCGCGCGGGCCGGCCGCGCCGCCUGGAGCCGCAGCCCGCGCUGGCCCGGGAGGGGUGGCCCAUGUGGCCGUCCCGACGCCGCUGCCCGUGGCGGUGCCGCCCGCCCCCGGCGUGGCCGCAGCGCCGCCCCCGCCCUGCCUGGCGGGGCCCGCGGGGGCUUGGGUGCUGGACGAGCCCGUGGACACCUUCGUGCUGGGGCAGGAGGUGCCGCUGCCGCCGACGGCGCUGGACGUGGGGGGCCGAGCCUUCGUGACCGUGAACGGAGAGAUCGUGUCGCUCUCCAGGGUCGCGCCGGGCACGGACCUCGCCGCCUGGGGCCUGGGUCGCCAGCAGACGCUGCUGAAGGGCGACCCGCGCCUGCUGCCACGGCCGCGCUCCCCGACUCCCGUGGCCUUUGUCGCGGACGCUGCCCUGGUCGUGCGGGGUCCCAGUGUGCCUCUUCGGACCAAGGGUUCUGGUACGCUGCAGGACUCGGUGAACGAGAUGUACCUGCGCUCCCUCGGGGGUUUCACUGCAGCCCACGAUCGGUGGCUGAUGGAGUCGAGAGUGCCCGCGGGGUCGCGGUCGGGCCAUGGACAUCGAGUCCUGUGCCGUGCCCUCACCUUCGCGAUGGAGUCGGACGGGCUCAACAUUGCGAACUUGUCGUGCUGCGAGUUUCUGAAUCGACAUGAUCCUGAGAAGCCCGCGUUCGAGGGCUCGCACAUCUACAUGGGCGAGGAUGAGGAGGGCACAGGCGUCACAGUGACGCCCGCCCUCUGGGCGCACGUCGCGUCCGAGAUGUCGAAGGAGUAUGCGAUCGAGAAGGAGAAGAGGAAGGCUCGAGAGGCCAAGGCGGAGGCGAAGUCGGCGGCGGCCCGGAAGAACGGCCCGCGCGCAGAGACCGCUGGCGGCGGGGGGGUGCGCAACGCCGUGGCGCUCCUCCGCCAGAGCAUGUUGGCCCGCGACCUCCAGGGGCUGACGUGGGAGGGCGUCGGGGUGUCCAGGGCGGCCCGCCGCCGCAGCACCUACCGCCGGCUGGCCCUAGACGAUGCAAAUGACAUGGUGGCCGCGUUCAAUGCCCUCUACGGCUGUGAGCGCGACGCGCUGCGGCUCAGCUUCUGGGACCUCGUAUCGAUUAUGGAGGUGAUGGUAGCGCAGGUGCUGGACGAGGAUGUUCGGAAGGUGCUGACUAACUUCGAAGACCUCAUCCUCGCGAGCCCCGACGUCGUCUCCGAGCGUAGGGGUCGCGCGCCUACGCGCCCCUACUUCGACGUCACCUUGCGGGCUGACAAGAAGGCUUAUGUGGACUUUCUCCGGCGCCUGAUGGAUCGACGACUACUUGGGGUGGCGUCGGAGUCGCUGAGUCUUGUGACCAUUUUCUUCGUGGCCAAGAAGAAUGGGAAGCAGAGGCUCGCGCUGGGUUGCCGGCUCACCAACGCUCUCUUCGCCCGCGCCCCCACCGUCGAGAUUGGGAGCUCCGAGGCGAUGAGCGCGGUCGAACUGGAGCCCGGCCAGGAGCUGCACGCUGCCUCGGCUGACAUCGAGGCCUGCUUCUACCAGUGCGGCGGCAUCGGGAGGUUGAGUAACUAUUUCUGCCUGCCCUCGGUGCCCGUCGAGGUGGCCCUCGAGCUCGGCCUGGCCGUGGACGUGUGCGGCCAGGAGUUCACCGGGCGUGAGAUGGUUCACCCUUGCCUUGUUGUGCUUCCCAUGGGAUGGAGCUGGAGCUUCUGGUUGGUGCAGCGUAUCCACCUGGAGAUGCUGCGCCGCGCUGCGGUCCCCGACGACAGGAUCGCCCUGGGAGCCUGGCCGCUGCCGCCCUUGACUUCAGGCCCCGUGGAGUUGCCCUAUUCAGACAACAUCAACGUGCCGGGGGUGAGGGCUGGGGAAGUCACCGAGCUGAGGGAUCGUGUCGCGGCCCGCUUCUCCGAGGAGGGCUUCAGCAUGCACGAGAUCUCAGAGACCAGCGUGCACUCGACUAUCCUGGGCGCCGACGUGGGGGGCCAUCCGCCCGUGACCAGGCGCACCGGGCAGAAGCUGUGGUUGCUCCGAGGUGCGCUGCAGUGGCUAGCGAGCGGCCCCAUCGUGACUGGCCGGCAAGUUGAAAUCACCGAUCCUGCUACCGUCCUCACCAACAAUGUCAUCGAUGGGUGGGCCAAAGUCGCGGGGUUCCCAGAGGUCCCUCGUCAUGUACUACAUAAAGAGGGGUGGAGGGUGGUCUACAAGGGGCCGUAUCGCUACAUCGAACAUAUCGGGCUGAAGGAGGGGGGGGCUGUGCUAUGGGCUCUACGUCGUCUCGCCAAGGACCCCUCUCACCAUCAGCAUCGUCACUUAUUCCUGCUCGACAAUUUCGGCGGGCCGCAGAGCAGCUCGGACCGCCUGCCCGUGCCGACCUUGGGGCCACGGCCCAAGAGGCGCCGCCUGGCGACCGCCGCGGUUGCCGAAGGGCUGGCGCGCAGGCCGAGCGGCCUGGCGGGCAGGGCGGCCCCGGCCAAGAGGCCAGCGGCACGCCGCAAGCCCGCCGCCAGCGCCGCCCCCCGCGCGGCGCGGGCGCGGCCGGCGGCGCACGCACCGGCGCCGCCGCCCCAGCUGCACGCCCGACUGGCCAAGGCCCUGGAGCCCAACCGGAGCAGACCCGCUUCGGCCAUGGCGCUCUCCAGGUGCGAGCUGGCCGCGACGGCCGACGCGACGCGCGUCGGCUACAGGGCGUACUCCGAUGCGUUUCAGGACAUGGAGGUUCGGGUGCUGCAGUUCCUCGACCUCAUGCUGGAGGCGGUGGCGUCGACCUUCUUCACUUACAUCCGCCCAGGAGCCCUUCGGAAGCUACAAGUACGGCAGCUGCUGGCCCCCUCGAGGGCCUCGGGGCAGUUGCAGUGCUGGAGCCUGAUCCCCGCCCCGACCCAGAUGGACGCGGGCGCGCCAGGGCUCACCAGGACAGGCACCUCGGACGAGACCGUGAUCAUAGACCACCCAGCCUGGCUCGGCGAGCGCCUGUUCGGAGUCGCGGCCAGGAAGUGCGGCCCCCCCCGGGUCUGUCUCUACCAGCUGCGACACGGGGGGGCGUCGGGCGACAUCCAGUCAGGCCGGCGGGGUCGGAAGACCGUGAAGGCUCGGGAGAAUUGGAGGACAGACUCGUCCCUGAACAGGCACGGGAAGCCCGGAGCCGCGCACCAACUCCUCAAUGCCAUGACCCCUGCCUCGAGGGACAUCGGCCGCCAGAUGUUCGAGGUGAUGGGGUCGUUGUUCGAGCGGACCGUUGCCGCAGAGACCAUCCCCAAGUGA